AUGAGUGUCACGCAACCAUAUACUGUCCCAAUUAUUGCGGGCGAUUUACGCCGUGCAGAACUUGUUAAACAAUGUGCUGAUACAUUCGAUUAUUUAGAUGCUGUAUCACAAGAUAUGUUCAAUCGUAUAGCUAUCCGUCUUAAUGUUUAUCGUGCACAAUUAAAUAAAUUCGAUGAACGUAUACAACAUGCAAAUGCUCAUAUUGAUCGUAUAAAAGGUUCAAAACGUGCUAUACAAGUUCAUUCAAGUGCACGUUAUCCUGUUGAACAGAAACGUACAAGUUAUAAAUCAAUAUUUGAAUGUGAUACAGAAAAUGAAGAAAAUAAACCACCUGUACUUCAUUAUAAUUUAUUUCGUUUAAAUGAAACAGAUGAUAAAUUUAUUGAUCCAAAUGACAAAGGAUCAAAAUCUAAUGAUGAUUCAUUAAUUAUCUUGAAACAAUAUGAUAAUAAUUUUAUUCAAAAAACAAAAAGAUCUGUUUUGAAUGGUUUAGGACGACCACCAACGAAUAUUAAAUCAGUUGUUUCAUUUCUUAAAUAUAAUACACAAGAAAAUCCUUAUACAACACCAACAAAAAUUGAUCCAUUGAAUGUUGGUAGUCGAAUACGUAAACAAGCCGAUGAACCUUCACGACCACAGAUUUCUGAAACUCCUUUACCUGCAUUUUAUAAACAAAUGUCUGAACGUCCAACAAAUGGUGAUUUUGGUUAUAAUCCUACAUUAGGAGCUGUACCAUUACUCUCACUACCGGACAAUCUACCUGAACUUGAUAAUUACGCAACUUUUGAUGAUAAUACGACUGUUGAUUGGACACAACAACAAAUGGCUUCUAUUGCACCUUCAUUUGCUAUAUCAAUGUUACCAGAUAUCAAUGAUUUAUCAUCAACUACAACAACAACUGUUCAAGUAGUUGAACCACCAAAACCAACUGUACCACCUCCUCCACCAGUCGAUAUACCAGCAAUUAUCCCUCUUACAUCUGCUUCAACGUCUAUUCCUACUGCUCCUCCUCCUCCUCCUCC